ACCAACUCAGCCUCCACCACGCUUGGACAGAGGCCUCUAUGUCGUCUAAGCUCGAGCCGGCCGCGGGCACGCUGAAGCGCAAGCUUGCUCUUGAUGGAGGACGAGAGCUCGAGCUAGAGAACGUGGAUCCUAAUAAUGUCGAGGCGGAUGUGGUGGAAGCGAUGAAGCGGAGGAUCAUCGAGCUCGAGGACGAGCUCGCCGCACAACCUCCUCCUGCGAAACGCGCUCGCAAGUCCGCGGUGGCCGAGGCAGCUCCCCAGGCUAGCGGCAGCGGCAACAACGCGCCGACCAAAAAAGACGAGAAGAAACACAAGGCCCAUAUCAAGAAGAUAUUCGACCAUCUCAAGAAGGAAUGCAGGAGCGAGAAGGUCAAGUUCCAAGGCACGCCCAAGAGCAUCCGCAUCGAGGAAAUCAUGGAGUACGCGGACUUUGAGGCGAUCUUCAAGGGCAAGGGCGUCCUCAUCCAGCCCACUCCGGACAACAAGCCGAAGAGCACCGUGACCAUCAUCGAAUUCCGCUCGAAGGACCAGCUGAAAGAGCUCUUCGGCGACCAGAUCGAGACGCUCAAAGGCUUCAACUGGAGCCGCGGCGGAUUCCCCCACUUUGAAAAGUCCUAUAAGCUCGGCCAGUGCAACGUCGAGGUGACGCACCUCGAAGUCAGCUACUCCAAGAACGGGAUGAAGUGCGCCCUUAAGUUCGAGGUCCAGGAGGAGGGCGGCGGACGCUGCGGCUAUUGGUGAUUGGGUUCGACCAUCUCCGUUAUAUGCGAUACCUUUGUUGUGCUCCGUCUCUUCACCCCAUACUUCCCCUCUACGUUAAUUCUUCUUCUAGACACGUGCUACUACUUACUCGUAUUCAGUAUGUAAUAUAGCAUAUGAGCUGCGUUACUUUCCCGUUAUU